UUUAAAUACGGUCACGAAAUGAUACAGAACGUGUGAAUAUAUAACCUCUACGUAUUUAAAUCGACAACUGCAUCUAUUAGAUGUGUAGUUAUCAUUGAUGCUGCAUGUAUUGUACUUAAAUUUAGUAUGAAAGUUAAUUCAAGCAUAACCGUGCAGCAACAGGAUGUUGUCGAUCCACUCGAGGAAAUGUUGAAAAAAACCGGCUGUAUGGAAUUGCAUUAUCAAGUUCAAGAGUGUAUAGCAGAAACUCAAGAUUGGAGAAAGUGUCGGGAGCAAGUAAAACAGUUUAAGGUUUGCAUGGACGAAUACCAAAAAAAGCGGGAAAAACAAUACUCUUAA